AACACUUCCUCUUCCCGGGCAGCAGGGUGCGCUGUCACGGCAGCGUAACAGAAGCGUUUUCCGGGUCAGCUCUUUCAUUGUCCCGCUUCGUUCACGCAACAGUCCUUCCGGCCUGACCGCCAUCAAAGAUAGCAGACAUGGCUAUUCGUUAUCCUAUGGCUGUUGGCCUUAACAAAGGCCACCCAGUCACCAAAAAUGUAACUGCUCCCAAACACAGCCGCCGGCGCGGGCGUCUGACCAAACACACAAAGUUUGUGCGGGAUAUGAUCCGUGAAGUGUGUGGGUUUGCUCCGUAUGAGAGGAGAGCCAUGGAGCUGCUGAAAGUGUCCAAGGACAAGAGAGCCCUCAAGUUCAUCAAGAAGAGGAUCGGCACUCACAUUCGGGCCAAGAGAAAGAGAGAAGAGCUGAGCAACGUACUGGCUGCCAUGAGAAAGGCUGCUGCCAAGAAGGAGUAAAAAGUCAUUUAAUAAAACGUGAAACUACA